AUGGAAGUAGAAUCUUCAUAUAUGGCCACAAACAGAGGCGAGAGAAAGAAGAAAAAGAAGUAUGAGUUCAAAAUGCCUGUCCACAAUGGUAUUCCAAAUAGUGGUAAAGGACCCAAUAUGAUCAAUGUCCUCAAUAUUGAUUGUAUCCAAGACUUAAAACUCAGAGAAAGAGUUAUAGAAAAAUGGGUUACUGAGAUUUCAUUAAUCUUACAAACAAACCCAGAUGAAUUUGGAAAUGCAAAAAAUGUUCUCCUACUUUUAGAACACAAGACUGAUGGAAUUGUGCAAAAAUCCUUAGAAAUAAUAAUUGGAAUAAAGAAUUACAUGGAUUAG